CCGGCGGCCGCCUCCGCCCCUCGGAGGGCGGCAGGAGAGGUGAACUUGGGAACCGCUCCGUAUGGGGCCGCGACGCUGCUCGGCCUGAGGAGAUUCUCGCUCAUCCCGCGGCCGAGGCGCCGCGCUCCCCGCCGGGGGGAGGCCGAGCGCGGACGGCCGAUGGAGAGGAGAGAAGACGGGCGGGACUGGGCGUACAGGGUUGAUCCAUAUGGGUUUGAAAGGCCAGACGACUUUGAUUAUGCAUCCUAUGAAGCAUUCUUUUCCAGAUAUCUAGUGGUACUCACUAGAAGAGCAAUAAAAUGGUCCAAGCUCUUAAAGGGGAAUAACAAUAUACAGAAGAGUAUAAAAGUGAAGAGAUAUAUCAGGAAAGGCAUCCCCAAUGAACACCGUGCAUUGAUCUGGAUGAUUGUGAGUGGGGCCCAAACCAACAUGGAACAAAACCCUGGAUAUUACCACAGACUGCUUGAAGAAGAGAAGAAUGACAAGCUGGUUGAAGCAAUCAAAACAGACAUGAACAGAACAUUUCCAGAUAAUAUAAAAUUCCGCAAAACUGCUGAUCCUUGUUUGCAGCAUGCACUCUACAACGUACUGGUAGCAUACGGGCAUCAUAAUAAAGCAGUAGGAUAUUGUCAGGGCAUGAACUUCAUAGCUGGAUACCUGAUUCUUAUUACAAAGAAUGAAGAGGAGUCUUUCUGGUUGCUAGAUGCUCUUAUUGGAAGAAUAUUGCCUGAUUAUUACAGUCCUGCAAUGUUGGGCCUGAAAACUGAUCAGGAAGUCCUGGGAGAACUUGUGAAAAUGAAAGUUCCAGCUGUGGCAGAGCUGAUGGAAAGACACGGAGUCAUGUGGACUCUAGUGGUAUCACGAUGGUUUAUAUGCUUGUUCAUUGACAUUCUUCCAGUUGAGACUGUGCUCCGAAUAUGGGAUUGUUUGUUCUAUGAAGGGUCAAAGAUCAUCUUUCGUGUGGCCUUAACAUUAAUUAAGCAACACCAAGCUUUUAUUUUGGAAGCCACAAAUUUCCCUGACAUUUGUGAUAAAUUUAAGCAGAUCACCAAAGGAACGUUUGUAACUGAGUGUCACAGCUUCAUGCAGAAAAUAUUCACAGACCCUGGAAGCUUGUCCAUGGCAACAAUCAACAAACUCCGAGAGACUUGCAGAGAAAAGUUGCUUUCUCAGGGAUAACUCACCAGAUUUAACCAGGUGGUCAGAUACUACAGCAACUGACACAUUCCUCUACUUGCACUGACUAAAAAGCACACUUUAAGCUUUCCAUGAGUUAACUGACACGACCAAUUUUUCCUGCCUUUCAAGUAAGUGUUGUUAACACUUUGUACUGUAUGUCAGACUUCAUAACUGGAGGUGGUGGUUCUGUUGUUGGUUUGUUGUUUGUUUGGGGUUUUUUUUAAGGAUUAAAGUGUUUUCAGAGUAGAAUGUGAUCAGUGUCAGGAUACUCCUUUUAAAAAAAAAAAAAAAGUCACUGUCCUUGUCUUUUCAGGGCAUUUUGUAAUGUUAAAAGAAAACAGGUGUAUAAAAUUACAUAUCCUUCCUACUGUAUUAACUGUGACACUACUAUAAUUUUUACAAAAUAAAUUAAUUUAAUUUGUCAGAAA